GAGGUAAAGUUCUUGAAUGCAGAUGAUAAACGAACCCUGGGUGAAGAAAGAUUAGUCCUGGUUACUCCUCGAUAUGUUCCUUUCGCUGUCUUUAGUACUAUUCCAUAUCAGAAACCACACAGAACAACUAGGACGGAGCACAAGCAUGAACUUGGGAGAAGAUUGCGGCAUUCAUCCGGAGGUCGUCCUUUACCAGCAAUUAAUGAUAGUUUCGACCCGUUUGAGAUGUUAGGACUAGAAAGAUCUGAAAUGGGACAGGAAGGGGUCGGUUCAGUGUUAGAAGGAGGAGCAGGACAACUCGAACCUAAAACCUAUCCUCAAGCUACUCUACAGCUACCUUCUGCAGAACCUGGGGUUAAGGAACUGGAGAACAAAGAACAAGUAGAGCGAUCAAACCCACUCUCCAGUUCAACUCUGGGAAGGUACGAAGGGAAGAAGAGGCCGAAACUUAUCCGGUCAAGCCGGUCAAACCCAGGACCUUUAACAUUGCCUCCUGCCUUCAAGCUAACCAAGUCCCCCGUGAAAGGAAAAGAAGAAAACUCCGCCCAAACAGCCCCUGCCUCGAUCAAGUCAGUUGGCAUGUUUGGAUCACCUAAGAUACUCCAGAAAUCAGGACGUGCGCAAGUUAGUCAGUUGACUCGCCAACUCUCUAGAAAGUUCUCCGCCAAGCUGAACGGAAGUUUUGACAUCUUGGAGGACGCGUCCUUUCCCUUUCCAUUCCCGGACAAGACAGAAAUCUCCUAUGGUUGUCUUCUAGAACCAGCCUACAGCCUUGAAGUCCAACCACCCAUGGAUACAAUAUUGCUAGAGACAGGACGGAGUUCUCCCAGGCAAACAGUUAAAUCUGGCAGGAUUUCUCCUAAAAGUGGGCGUACUUCCCCCGCCCUGCUAGAGGAGGGUGGGUGGGGUGUUCCAAAUGGAACUCCUUACUCUCCGCACACUCUAGAUGGAUGGUUGGGGGCAGGGCAGCAUAGAACAUUCCUCCCUUUCUCCUCCUAUAUGACGAGUGUGAUAGAGUACGUAAAACCAGCAGAUAUGAAGAAAGAGCUGAACGAGAAGUUUAAAGAAAAGUUUCCCUCAGUAAACCUAACCCUGACCAAACUAAGGAGCUUGAAAACUGAGAUUAGACGGAUUGGAAUUGAGUGCGAUGUGGAUACUGUAACAAUAGCACAGGCGUAUGUUUACUUUGAGAAACUGGUUCUGCGGAAUAUAAUCAACAAAUCAAACCGGAAGUUCUGCGCAGGCGCGUGUAUAAUCCUAGCAGCUAAACUUAAUGAUUUCAAAGGAGAACAUCUUAAACUAUUAAUUGAGAAAACUGAGACAAUAUUCCGGUUGAAUAGACGGGAUCUUCUAGCUUCUGAGUUUGCUAUCCUCGUAGCUCUAGGGUUCAGUCUUCAUGUUCCUAGCCAGGAGGUGUAUCCCCACUACCAGCGGUUAAUCUACCUCACAUAGUUACAGAAAUAAGAUCUUAAACCUGUUUCUUACUAAACAUAUCAGUUAUCUGUGAACAUUAAAAUAAAUCUAAGCAGAAAAUUUGAAUAUAUUUACAGUCAGCUAUGAUAUCCUAUAAAACAUAAAUUGU